ACCAGUGAGAAGAUGUGGUCUUCUUUGAUUACCCCCACUUUUCUAUUCCUGAGUUUUUUUUCUGUGGAAUUGGCCCCAAAUCCAGGGUCAGCCACAGAUGAAAAUGACAGCUACCCCCCUUUUUGGGACCAGAUUAAUGGGGACAUAGCAGAAUUUCCAGUACAGAAUAACAAAACAAUCAUUGAUCCCUGGAAAUAUAUUGAUCGAUUAAAAAUGUAUAAAAUCCUUAUUGAAAAAUCAAACAGAUAUUUUGCUGGAUUUGGAAAAAACAAAACAGACAAUGUAUUGUGGGCACUCACCUUAUAUUAUGGACAGCUAUAUGAAACAGAUCGAUUUUCAGAACCUCCCAACAGUUCAGUCUGUGCUUAUGACGCUGGAGCUCCUGGCUGUCUAUCUAUCAACAGUGGCUGGGGCAACAUUAACUUCUAUGUGAUUAUUCCGUAUUUUCUUGCUGCAAUUGAGUCUGAGUUUCUGAAGGAUUUACCAUACCAGGUGGAGUUAGUAUCUCGAGAAGAAUACAGGUCUGACUUCUGUUAUUCGAUUGCAGAAUGCCGUGCAUCCUACCCACAAACUAUGGAUCUAGCCAACAGGUUUUAUCAGUAUUUGCUGUCCAGAGAGAUCACUUCCAUUAUCAAAGAUGUUCCUCAUUACAACAUAGAUGAGGACACAGUGGUCCUUUACAUGUGGGAGGCCCAUCAAGCAGGCAUUGAUAUUGGAACAUCGAAGUUCUCUGACGUGUCAUUCUAUGCUUCUGAAACUGAAAGAGACUUCAGCAUGGACUUUCUAGUUACCAUAGAAUUUUUGGAGGCAGCAUUAUAUCGCCCGUACUUUGAAAGUUCAGCAAAAAUAUUAGUGGGUUUCCCACAUAGGCUACUCACAGAUCAAGAUCGUAUAGUUCUCACAAGAAACUUCAACAUACGGGAAAAAGCCCUUUUGACGUUAGUAAAACUCACUUCGGAAAUAAAUAAACUCACAGGAGGUGCAUUUUUUACAAUCUGGAAAAAGGUUAUGAAUUUAAAACCUGCACGGUCCGUGGCACGAUUCCUCGUUAGGCGGCUACUCUUAAUACCAAUUUCUUAAUAGCCUAAAUUUAUGCUAUUAUGUUGACCAAUUUAGUUACAUCUAAAAAGCAAUUAAAUGUUAGAAUUUAGAUUUUA